CUCUACUGUGUAAAAGAUCUUUUGUUUUUUUUCUCUCUCUCUCCCUCUCUCUCCCCCCCCCUCUCUCUCUCUCUCUGUGUUAGUUUUGCGCCUAUAAAACUCGAGUAUCGGCCGUUGCAAGUUUCACUUCUCAGUCCUAGGGGCAUGAGAAAAUGGAAGAGAAACAUCAAUGAGAGGGACCUACAGGAACCAGGUCGGUUUCAUGAUCAACACCAUGACUUAAGUCUGAACCCUAAGAUGUUUUCCCCCAAAUGAUUCCCGCAAAACAAGAUAAAUUGAAGUUGACUAACGGAAAGGAGGUGAAGACGAGGACGAGGAGGUUACGGAAGUCCCCGCGAGAACUUUUUGCUGCUUUGAAACCCUAGAGAACAAACUUGCUAGGGUUUUUCGUUAAGUUACUUGUAAAGAAAAGGUGGAGGCCUCUUGCUGUGAAGUUAUACGAGAUGAGUCCAAUUGCGAAUUUCGACGUUCAUUCUCGUCAUCUCAUUGAGCCCGAUAUCUCUAUUCAGACGAGGCUACAAAUGGCAAUGGAGGUUAGGGACAGUCUCGAGAUUGCCCACACUGCCGAGUACUUGAAUUUUUAAGAUGUUAUUUCCAGGCGUUCUCGGUAGUUCUUUUACAAAUUACAAAACCUCAGUUCACUGAUAGUCCGGAGCACAAGUUGCGGAAUAUCGUGGUGGAGAUUCUCAAUCGUCUCCCUCAUAGUGAGGUUCUUCGUCCUUUUGUUCAGGAUCUCUUGAAGGUUGCAAUGCAAGUACUCACCACGGAUAAUGAAGAAAAUGGCUUGAUUUGUAUUCGCAUAAUUUUUGACCUACUAAGGAAUUUCAGGCCGACGUUAGAGACUGAGGUACAGCCUUUCCUAGACUUCGUGUGCAAGAUUUACCAGAACUUCAGGUUGACUGUUAGCCAUUUCUUUGAAAAUGCGGCGGCUGGUGGGGAAGAUGUUAAGCCCAUGGAUACUUCUUCUGAUCAAGCCCUUGCUGGUACUACGUAUGCUGGGUCUGGGCAACUUAACCCGAGUACCCGAUCAUUCAAGAUAGUAACUGAGAGUCCUCUUGUAGUCAUGUUUCUAUUCCAAUUAUACGGGCGUCUUGUUCAGACUAAUAUUCCUCACUUGUUGCCUUUAAUGGUCGCUGCUAUUUCUGUCCCGGGUCCCGAAAAGGUUCCCCCCCAUUUGAAGACCCAAUUUAUUGAGCUGAAAGGUGCACAGGUUAAAACAGUAUCUUUUUUGACAUAUUUGUUGAAGAGUUGUGCUGAUUACAUCAGGCCACAUGAAGAAAGCAUAUGCAAAAGCAUUGUGAAUUUGCUUGUUACUUGUUCAGACUCUGUAUCCAUUAGAAAGGAACUGUUAGUAUCCUUGAAACACGUCCUUGGGACUGAUUUUAAGAGGGGUUUAUUUCCAUUGAUUGACACACUUUUGGAAGAAAGGUAACAUAUUUGCAUACCACU